AGUCUUCAGGGUAGUCCCACCUCCCUCGGUGAAAUGUUUCGGAGGAAGUAGAGCGUGGUUGUCUUAAAAGUGGACUGAACUGCUCGUCAAUGAACUGAACCGAAGCAGGUGCCAGACCGGGGAAGAAUCUAAGCAGCAUGGCUGAGAAGCUGCUGAUAAUCGACACAGACUGUGGCAUAGAUGAUGCUCUGGCUAUCGUAGUGGCUCUAGCAGCUCCUGGUGUAAAGGUGUUGGGCAUCACCUGCUGCUUCGGGAACACUGAUGUUGAUCAUGUGUGUCAGAAUGUGACGCGGGUUCUCACAGUCUGUCAGCAAACCAAGAUUCCAGUUUUUAAAGGGUCUGCUGGUCCUCUACUCGGACCCGUGGCCGGAUUUAAAGAUCACUUUGGCACAGAUGGACUUGGAGAUGUUCUGGAGAGCUCUGAGACUUGGAAAGGGCAGAUUCAGAAAGAGCACGCCGUUCAUGCUUUGAUAAGACUGGUGAAUGAAAACCAGGGAGAGGUAUCUCUCAUAGCUCUCGGUCCAUUGACUAACUUGGCUUUGGCCGUGAGAUUAGAUCCCACCUUCCCUCAGAAACUCAAGGAUCUGUACAUUAUGGGCGGUAACAUGGAAGGCAAGGGAAAUCUAACACCAUCUGCAGAGUUUAAUUUUAGUAUGGACGCUGAAUCAGCUUAUGUAGUUUUGGAGGAAUAUACCUGCUCAACACACAUCGCAACCUGGGAGUUCACUUGCAGAAACAAACUAUCUUGGGAGAGUUUUGAUGAGCUGGUCAAUCAGGAUACAUCAGCUGCUCGGUUCAUGAAGAAGAUAACCUCCAAGUGCUGGGCCUACUCCAAAGAACCUCGCACCAUCAACAAGGAUUUGCUCUUUGGGCACGGGUUUGUACCCUACGACGCCUUCGCUGUGGCAGCUUGCGUGGACAGCAGCGUGAUCACAGAGAGCUUACAGUGUGCCGUACGUGUGGAGGUACAAGGUCAGCUGGGACGAGGCAUGAUGGUUGUGGACCCAGCCAAUACGCUGAAGAAAGACCAUCUCGCCUGUGUGAUGAGGACAUGUGAUCUUAAAAAGUUCAGCUCGAUGCUGAAAGCAGCUUUACAAAUAGCAUAGAAGUGCUUCUUUGCAAUAGCUUUGUCUUACAAGACUUCCAUUUUCAAAUGUAGCGUCUUUUGCACUUUAAUGGUGCAACUAAGCUGUUGUUUCUGGUAUCAAUAAAAACCUUAAGGGUUUGGACUUAAUUUUCAAAACACAAAAGAAAAAAAAAAAAAACUAAACGUAUAAAUCCUUUUUAUGGCGGUCCAGGAAUGCAUAACACGAAAUCUCUACAACGGAAAUUGUUUACAAUAUUUAAACUUUUGAUUGCAUUAAUGGAAAUAUCCUUAUUGAUGUUUUUUA